CAAGGGAAGCAACUCUACGCAUCCCGCACUGCACUUCCAUGUGACUUUCAUCAGAUCUGUCAAGAAACCUGACGCAAUGGAAAUGUUGGCCUCGCGAGUCUUGUGUGGAAGAUGCUUCCAGCCAUUGUCCAAAAGCUGCUCAUUUUUCAAAUCAAUGGCAAAUAAUUGUCCGACAUGUCCACCCACGAAAACCGGUUUUGUGUCGUUUCGACCAAGAUUUUCCACCAUGUCCACAAUGAGCAACCCCAGUCGGCAGGUGUCCGUCCUCAUUCCACAGACAACACAUCUCAACAGAAGCUCUCUACAAACUGCCUCUCACAGACUAAUGUCUUCGGAACACCGAAAUCUGCUGCCAAAAAGAAACAGGGGCCUGUAUCCUGGAAGGGUCUACUGAUAGCUGCAGGGUUGGGAGGUGCCAUGUUACUGGGAGUACAGUAUGUGAAGAGAGAGAAGGAGCUGGAAAUUGCCAAGGAGAGGAGCAGGUCUCUUGGUAAAGCUGCUCUGGGUGGACCGUGGCAGUUGAUCGACCACAAUGGUCAAGUCAAGUCCAGCAAGGACUUCCAUGGUCAGUGGGUGCUCCUGUACUUCGGUUUUACCCACUGCCCGGACAUCUGCCCAGACGAGAUCGAAAAGAUGAUCAAAGUUGUAGACUUAAUAGAUGCAACACCUUCCAAGCCGAACGUUCAACCCCUCUUCAUCACAGUUGACCCUGAGCGUGACACAAUGAAGGCUCUCCGGGAAUACUGCCUAGAAUUUUCGCCCAAGCUACUUGGGUUGACUGGCAGCAAGGCACAGGUGGACGAGGCAACGCGGGCUUAUCGGGUUUACUACAGCGCUGGUCCUCGUGACGAGGACAAUGAUUAUAUUGUUGACCACACCAUCAUCCUGUACCUGGUUAAUCCCGAUGGAGACUUCGUUGACUACUACGGCCAGAACAAGAAGUUUGAUGAAAUUUCAACUAGUAUCAAAGUGCAUAUGGAGAAAUUUGCAUACCUAAGAAAAUAGAUUUAAAUCCUGGAAAUAUCGUAGUCGCUUUCAACAUUUAAUAUAUUUCAAAGCAUUUACUCUCAAUAUCCUUCUCCUUCUGUGACCUUGUUCAAUAUUUGUAACUAUGACAGUUAGAUAUAAUACACCUUCACCUUUGCUGAAGCGCACUGUUGGUGUACUGGGGCAUAUGGUUGCCCUAUAGUUGCCCUUCGGUUGAAGUGUUUGCUCAUCCAGCGCUCACUGACCCACGUGGGCGAUAUGAGCCAAGCCCAAUCUUGUUUUUCUGUUUUGGCUGAAAUAUUGCUAAAAAGCAUCUUAAAACUCACUCUGACCUUGCUCAGGUAUAGAAGCUGUCUGAUAUCACUGGUGUAUUGUUUAUCAGUCAGGGUGCCCUCUUGUUCAAGCAGCUUUUCAAGGAGACAAUUUUCAUAAUUUGAAUUCAAAUACAGCAGAAACACCACCUUUGAUUGUGAGUAGUAAGGGGGAGGCAGGGUAGCCGUUUCUGGUGUUCCCCGCCAUGAUAUUGCUGAAAGCUGCAUUAAACUAAACUCACUGUGAGUAGUAAGCAGUCUUUCUACACGGGAAAUGAAUCUUUUACAACAUGUCAGCCUGUUUUUACAGUUUUAUGUCCUUUUUGUUAUCAAAGAAGUGCAAAUUUACCUGAGUAAUUUGUCAUUUUAAAAAAACCCAAAAACAGUAGCUCACAGAUCAGUGAGACCUUUACGCAGGGUUUGGUGGUUAGAAUUAGAAAUGCUCAUUUUCCAGAGGACACACUGAGAGUAUAUAUACUGGUACCUAUAUGCCAUAUCUGAAAGUUUCAGUGAUAUCAAGAACUUUUACUUUUGUUUUGCCAUACACUUUAGUGCUUGAAGAAAUCUGCAGGAGAGUUACAAUCACCGCAGUGCGUCGUAUAUCCCAUGCCUUGGAGAUCUAUUUGUGUCUUUUCAUGUUGCAUGCUUUUGUUCUCAUAUAUUGCAUUAAUUUUCAUUACCUCACCUAAAUCCAACCCAUUCCAAAUAUACCAUUCUUAUUGCUUGUGAGUGAAGAAUUUGUUCAUCGGUGAAUGUUGAGUUGUUCAGGAGUAGACGAUGUCCAGAUGUUGUUGGUUGUUAUAAGGAUCAUUUCAGAAGUCAAAUUGUGUUCAAUGGCACUCGGGUCAAGAUGACAGUAAAUGCAGUAUCACACUCAACAAAGGACCGUUCAUAAUUUAUUGCUAGAGGUGGUUCAAUGUACAAAAUCAAUUACCCCCCCCUUACCCCAUAAUUUUUAAAUAUUUUUAUGUAGCUACCCUCUUCUCCUUCCAUACCCCCUUAAGAACAAAAUGGACACCCCCUGCCAUAAAUUAUGAGCGAUUGUGGUUAUAUAGGAUUCGUAAUCCAUUUCAGCAUCCUUGAUUUGACUGUAAAAAGCAGCAAAAAAAUAAAGAUUUGUUGCAGCGUUGAA